AUGAAGUUCUCCGCCCUUCUCCUCGCCGUUGCCGCUACCAGCGUUGCUGCCCAGAGCUCUUCCACUUCUAGCGCUCGCUCCUCCGCAUCCAGCGCCGCCUCGUCCUCCUCGUCCUCUGCCAGCAAGGCCAGCUCCUCCAGCGCCAGCGCCAGCAAGAGCUCCUCGAGCAGCAGCAAGGCCGCUGCCCCGACCAACGGUGCCAUGGCAGGCGGUGUCGCCGCCGUUGCUGUCGGCGUCGCCGCCAUGAUGGUCUAA